UAUAGCCUGUCUUUCCACCCUGCCACAGCAGCCCCCGCCUCCGUCAAUAUAGACAAUGUGCUCGAGGGUGCUGAUGGGGGCCUUGACCUUCUCGAUAUGGAUGUAGACCCUAGCACUGCUGGUCCUAGUGCCGCUGGUCCUAGCGCCGCUGGUCUUAGUGAUGUGCCGGACAUGAGCGUUGACUUGAUGAUGCCACCUAGCGCCCUGUUCCAUAAGACCUCUUCUACUGCUGCUGGCUCCCAGUCCAGUAAACGCUUGCGCACCAAUACCCUGCUUGACACCCUGGAGACGUCAUCCUACAAUUCCAAUGCCACCCCCAAGUCCAGCUACGCUGAUAGUCACCACUCAUCACACCACUCAUCACUCCCCCUUUUGCCAACAUUGGUGCCAUCAUCCAAGUCACCAGCCUUCAAGAAGGCUCGAGUGUCGGCAUAUGAAAGCGCGCAGACGGCGGCGAUGAGUAGCGCUGCCAAAAUAGCUGCCAAGAUUACUCCAGCGGCCGCCAUCAUGAACAUGCAAGGUACUAUUAAUCGCCUCACGGACGUUAUCGAGAAAAACACUGUGGCCUCUGAGCCAGCGCCAGCGCCAGUUGUUGUUCCAGUUGUUACCAUGAUUUCUCGUGGCCUGGCAAUUAUGCGCAGUGGAGACGGAGACCUGUCAGUCGCUCAGAGAGCCCACCUCUUGCGGAUCUUUACUCAUUCAGGAGGUGAGAACAAUCUGACUGCUUACGUUGAGCUGGAGGAUGACUUUGAGAUGCGCCGUGAAUUUAUCUUGGGACUCCUUGCGUCUGUGUAG